CCUGUCCUCUCCUUCCUUCCCCAGAACUCCUCGGAGAUGCCGGAGACCAUUACCAGCCGAGACGCUGCUCGUUUUCCCAUUGUUGCCAGUUGCACCCUUCUGGGGCUCUACCUCUUCUUUAAAAUAUUCUCUCAAGAGUACAUCAAUCUUCUGCUUUCCAUGUAUUUCUUCGUGCUGGGGAUCCUAGCCCUGUCCCACACCAUCAGCCCCAUGAUGAACAGAUUCUUCCCUGCAAAUUUCCCCAACAAACAGUACCAGCUCCUCUUCACCCAGGGCUCCGGGGAGAGCAAGGAGGAAAUAGUGAAUUACGAGUUUGACACCAAGGACCUCGUGUGCCUGGCCCUGAGCAGUGUUGUGGGGGUCUGGUACCUGCUGAGAAAGCACUGGAUUGCCAACAAUCUGUUUGGGCUGGCGUUCUCCCUCAACGGGGUGGAGCUGCUGCACUUGAACAACGUCAGCACUGGCUGCAUCUUGCUUGGGGGCCUCUUCAUCUAUGACGUCUUCUGGGUCUUUGGCACCAAUGUGAUGGUGACAGUUGCCAAGUCGUUCGAGGCCCCAAUAAAACUGGUUUUCCCUCAGGACCUGCUGGAGAAGGGGCUGGAGGCUGACAACUUCGCCAUGCUGGGUCUGGGAGACAUUGUCAUUCCAG